AUGGCUGUCCGCGCCCAAUUCGAGAAUUCAAACGAAGUCGGCGUCUUCGCCCGCCUAACAAACUCCUACGCCAUCGUCGCAGUCGGCGCCUCGGAGAACUUCUACUCCGUCUUCGAGUCCGAACUCCAAGACGUCAUCCCCAUCUGCCACGCCACCAUCGCCGGCACCCGCAUCGUCGGCCGUCUGACCGUCGGCAACAAGAACGGCCUGCUGGUCCCGACAACGACUACGGACCAGGAACUGCAGCAUUUGCGGAAUACAUUGCCCGAUGCGGUGAAGAUCCAGCGGAUAGAGGAGAGAUUGAGUGCGUUGGGGAAUGUCAUUUGCUGUAAUGACCAUGUUGCGCUGGUGCAUCCUGAUUUGGAGAGGGAGACCGAGGAGAUCAUCGCCGAUGUCCUCGGCGUCGAAGUCUUCCGCCAAACAGUCGCAGACAACGUCCUAACAGGCUCCUACAUGGCCCUCUCCAACCAAGGCGGCCUCGUGCACCCGAAAACCUCCAUCCGCGACCAGGACGAGCUCUCGUCUCUCCUGCAGGUCCCCCUCGUCGCUGGAUCCGUGAACCGCGGCUCGCCCGUCGUUGGCGCCGGCAUGGUCGUUAAUGACUGGCUGGCUGUGACGGGGCUGGAUACGACGGCGACGGAGUUGAGUGUUGUUGAGAGUGUUUUCCGGCUGGGCGAGAUGGCGCCUGGCGGUGGCGGUGCGGGGGUUAAUAAGGAGAGUAUUGUGGAGAGCUUCUACUAG